GCGCGAGUGCCGGCGUUUGACAAAGCUAGGCAAGGUCUCGACGAGGAAUUCGUUCGUUGUAAUACUGUGAUCUCUGCGCGGCGUGCAGCGGCGCAGCAAGACUCCUAUCGACCAAUGCGCACCACCAUGACUGCAGCUCUCGCUGCGAUCACUGCUGCUGUAGCAAUAGCGCUGCGACGACGCCGUCGCCGCAAGGAAGAACAAGACGACUGGACCGCCUGCGGCGGCGCCCAGCUCGUGGGCUCAACACCGCUGAUAAAACUGCAAUCUUUAAGCAAACUCUGCGGCUGCGACGUUUACGCAAAGUGCGAACAUUUAAAUCCGAACGGCACGGGAAAAGAUAGAUUAGCCUUGGCCAUGAUCUUGAAUGCCGAGGCCGACGGUUCACUACCAAAGGGCGGCGGCGGCUACGUCGUCGAGGGCUCGUCCGGCUCAACAACUUUAGCGCUCGCGCCGCUCGUCGCGGCCGCCGGACAUAAGUUGGUGGCGGUGAUCCCCGACGACUGCGCCGCCGAGAAGCGCGAUGCUAUACGAGCGUGCCCCGGCGUCGACGUGCACGUCGUCCAGAGUGCCGCUAUUUCUUCUCCAACGCACUACGUGAACGUGGCUAGAAAACUCGCGAAGGAUCUCAACGAAAAGGGCAAAACCGCGAUCUUCGCGGACCAGUUCGACAAUUUGUGCAACUGGCGCACGCACCUCCACACCGCUCACGAAAUCCGCAAUCAGGUCGGCCGCGUCGACGCGUUUGUCAUGGGGGCCGGGACGGGCGGCACGCUCGCGGGCUGCUCGAAGGUCUUCGACGAAGCGCGCAUCUACCUCGCGGACCCGCAGGGCUCGGCCUUGCACUCAAAAGUGCGGCACGGCGUGUGCUACAACGUCAAACAGGCAGAAAGAUCUGUAAGACGCCACCGCUACGACACGAUCGCCGACGGCAUUGGGUUAGAUCGGGUCACGGCGAACUUUCGGGAGGCGCGCGUCGACGACGCCAUUCGCGUUGCUGAUCAGGACGCGCUGGUCAUGGCGCACUACUUGUUACGGUUCGAGGGCCUGUUCCUCGGCUCGUCGUCUGCUUUAAAUUGCGUCGCGGCGCUGCGGGCGGGCGCCGAGCUGCGGCGGUCCUCAUCGGAUCGGUUGACGGUCGUGACGGUGCUCUGCGACGGCGGCGCGCGCUACCUGUCGCGCUUCUGGAAUAGGGAAUUUGUCGAGAAGCGGGGAUUGAGUUGGCCGCCGGAGGAUUCGGGGGCGCUCGCGGGUUUGGUGGAGCGGCUCGUGAAGCGAGAGGAGGUUGUCCUGUAA